CGCAAACAUGAAAAUUUUCUAAAAUUUUCCGUAUAAUGUACCCUUGAAAUAAUUCAUUGGAUAUCUAAUUUUAUCUGUUCAUCUUCUUCUUCCCCAUCCAAUGGCUCUGAAUCUCUGCCCUCAUCCUCUCCAAGUUCUUUCUGUUUCCUCAGAGAGAAGCCAAAUGGGAAUUCUUAGAAAGAACUCACCUUUACUCAUUUCAUUACAAAAUCUCGGAGGGCAAAGCUCUCCCCUGCUUCAAAGCUACAGUCAUGGAGGAAGCGCUUUUGUCUCUCGUGCAGUCAAAGAAAAGCAGACACAAACUUAUGGAUCGGCCGAAACCGAGAUAUCCGAAACCAAUCCUUCCUCUUCAAAGCUUGUUCUUGUUGUUGGAGGAACUGGCGGUGUGGGGCAGCUCAUAGUGGCAUCAUUGCUAAAGAGAAAUAUCAAAGCAAGAUUAUUGUUAAGGGAUCCUGCAAAAGCAAAAUCCUUAUUUGGCCUCCAAGAUGAGAAUUCUUUGAAGAUAUGGAAGGGAGAUACAAGGAAUCCUGAUGACUUAGAUUCAGCCAUUUUUGAGGGAGUGACGCAUGUAAUUUGCUGCACGGGCACUACAGCAUUUCCUUCCAGGCGAUGGAAUGGAGAAAAUACACCUGAAAGAGUAGAUUGGGAGGGGGUGAGGAAUCUCGUAUCGGCAUUGCCUGAAACAAUUAAGAGAAUUGUUCUCGUCUCAUCUGUUGGUGUCACAAAAUUCGAUGAACUGCCAUGGAGUAUCAUGAAUCUCUUUGGUGUCCUCAAGUACAAGAAAAUGGGGGAGGAUUUCAUUCGCAACUCUUCCCUUCCCUUCACCAUUAUCAGAGCUGGAAGAUUGACUGAUGGGCCAUAUACUUCAUAUGAUCUGAAUACCCUUCUUCAGGCAACAGCAGGAAAACGUCGUGCAGUUGUUAUAGGAAAAGGGGAUAAGCUUGUUGGUGAGGUUAGCAGACUUGUAGUAGCUGAAGCAUGCAUACAGGCGUUGGAUAUAGAGUUUACUGAGGGGAAAAUAUAUGAGAUCAACUCAAUCGAGGGAGAAGGGCCUGGAAAUGACCAGGAGAAAUGGAGGGAGCUUUUCAAAGCAGCUGAAGAAAAUUAGCUGCUUCAACAGCAGCUUUUGCUGGAAGUUCUCCUUUUUGUACAACUAUAAACAAUAUUAUUGCAAGAUGGCACAAACUUCAGAUUGAAACAGAUUGAUCAUUUAUGUAAAAUCAAAUUUGGCUCAACCAAAAUUAAAAAAAA